UUGACGAUAUCAAAUCGUUUCUGUUUCUAAAUUGUUCCAAAACUGUUAAUUUAAAUUUGAUUCCAUCGGUUCAGUAAAUUUCGAUUAUGUUCAUAAACGAUUUACCUAAUGAUUGUCUUUGGAUGAUCUUCGACAGCUUCUUUAAUCUAGAAGAAUUAAUCAAAUUGUCUAAAGUUUGUUCUAGAUGGUCCAACUUAAUUUCUGUAAGAUUUUCCCGAGUUAAAUAUCUACUUAACGAAAACACUAUCGAUCAUAUUGAUUAUACCAAGUUAUGGAUAAGAGAUCCAGAGACGAUCGGUAACCAUAAUUUACGAGAAUUGUUACCAAACCUCAGGAUUCUCGACAUCUCUGCUGAUUUUUAUGGACGUGGAGAAAAACUUGAAGAUUUCAGUCAAUUGAUUAACAAUAAUACGAAAAUAAAAGGAUUGAUUGGACUGGAUUUUGUUAAUUAUCAUAAUCUCAACUUGGAAAAUAUCGAGAUGUUUGCAAUGGAUAUGUUCAAUUAUACAAAAGUCUUUCGACCUGAUCAAUUGAAACAAAUUCAUUUUUCUGAAUUCUAUAUGCAAUAUCUUUUUGAAAUAAUUGAAUACUUUCCAAAUUUAAAGCGACUCAACAUCUCAAUGUUUGAUGGUGAGGAAAUUCGUUACAAUGGUCCGGAAAUGUCCAAUCUCAAGAUCCUUGAAUCUUAUACAUUCGAAGGGCAUGAUAAUUGUAGUGCUUUUCAUUUGAUGGACUUUUGUCCAUCUUUGGAAAGCGCUUUCAUGAAAAAUUUUCCAGAGGAUGAUUUUAUUGAUCUGUCCUUGAAGAACUACAAUCUCAGAGAUUUGGUUAUCGAAAUGCCAACUCAAGAAGAUAUGAAUUGGUCAUUCUUGCGAGAUCUACUGUCCAAAUAUCCAAAUCUACAUAACCUUGCGAUCAGAAUGAGCGAUGAGAUUGAGGAUUGUCAUGUUGAAGAAUUGGUGGAGAUUUUGCCAGAAGUAAAACUGUUGGACUUCAGAAAAUGUGAGAACAUCACUCAAAGAUCAGCUGAUUUCUUGGCUAAAUAUUGUGCUAAAUCCAAACGAUCAAUUAAAAUCUAUUACGAUUGUGAAAAGGAACCAAUUGACUGGCCUAAAUACGACACUCCUCGAGAAUCAAUUGUCCACGGACUCGAUUUCAUGAAACAUUGUUUUUAUAAGAGUUUUUCCAAUCUUCCAUUUCUAAUUGAUGAAUAAAAUCACCUAAAUUUUAUUGUAUCAAUAAAUAUUCUUCCAUGAA